CGAAAGAGAAAGAGAAAGAGAAAGAAGAAAAGAAAAGAGGCUGUUCUUCAUAAGUUUCAUUUCCCAGUAUCCAAAACUAACAGAAAUUUUUACACAAUACACAAACGCCCUUUCUCUCCAUUAUCUCGAAACCAAAUCUCUUUAUUUUCUCUCCAAAUCGCUCCAAAUACUCAAAACCCUAACCGCUCUAAUCCCUUUCCCUCUCUCUCUCUCUCACCUCAUUCUCUCUCUCUCUCUCUCUCCGUGCCGUUUUUUUCUUAUUUUUUCUCUCUAAAACGUUUCGGCUAUCCGAAACAUUAUUUUUCCUUUCGAGAGGUUAACCGCAAACGCAUUGGUUUCGAUUCAGGGCACAGAGAUUAUCAGGACGAUUACGUUUCUUCGCCAUAAUCGUCAAUCGAACCGGGUAGGAUAUGAGAGUGUUGUGAGUUUCUAGUUAUCAUCCUCGAAUCCAUCUUUUUUGAAGAUGGAAGUGUAGUGGGUUCCUUUUCUCUCCAGUUUUUUUUUCUUUCUGUUAUUGUCGAGACUCUCUUGCAUCUUGUUCUUCCAUUGCCUUUAUUCUCGUCUUCUGGGUGUUUAAACACCCUUGUGAAAUUUGUAAUUCUUUCGGUGUUGUUCAUAUAUGUGGAGGAAGAACACUUGUUACUGAGAAGUACGGGCCAUUUCGUUAUUUGAUUAAUUUGAAGUGAUUGCAAUACAACUGGUUCACUUAGGGAUAGGAAAAACCUAGGUGGUGAUUGGAAUUCAGGGUGGCUUUGUUUGAAGGAUAACGAGUUUUAGUUGCCGAGUUAACAACUGUGGGAACAUUGGUUGUUUUAUUGAUUACGUUGACUGAGAUAAAUAACCCAUAAGUAUCCCAUAUUAGUUGAUUAGUGUGCAAUUGAAUGAGUGCGUUGCUAAUUGGCUUCGUACUGUGAAGCAAAGGUUGAACUUAUAAUUCAGAUAUUCUUUGUCGAAUCAUAACAAUUUGGGAAAGGUUUGAGGUUGUGAAAUUGGCAAGAGUGUUUCUGUUGUAAUAUCUGAUCAUGUUCAGUGCUCCUUAUGGAAAGAAGUGAACCUGCGUUAGCUCCACAAUGGUUGAGAAAUACCGGAAGUGUUACUGGGGGUGGCAAUUCAGCCCACCACUUUGCGUCUUCUUCUCACUCUGAUGUUUCUUCUUUGGCUCCUCAUGCAAGAAGUAGAACUUCUAAGACCUUAAGUGAAUUUGAAACUCGUUCCUCUUUUCUUGACCGGUCUUCCUCAUCUAACUCGCGAAGGAGUUCAAGUAAUGGUUCUGCUAAGCAUGCCUAUAGUAGUUUUAACAGAAGUCACCGUGAUAAGGACCGAGAAAAAGAGAAAGAUAGAUUUGGAGACCAUUGGGAUCGGGAUUCCUCUGACCCCUUAGGAAAUAUAUUUACCAGGGUUGAGAAGGACACACUGCGGCGUUCUCAGUCUUUGGUUUCAAGGAAACCAGGUGAGCAAUUGUCUCGAAGGGUUUCUACGGACUUGAAAAGCUCUAGUAAUAGUAACCACAGCAAUGGCAAUGGCACACUUUCUGGGUGUCUUGGUGCUAGCAUCCAGAAGGCUGUAUUUGAAAAGGACUUUCCCUCACUCGGAACUGAAGAAAGGCAAGGUGUCCCUGAUAUUGGAAGAGUUUCCUCUCCUGGUUUUACUACAGCUGUUCAGAGUUUGCCUGUUGCUAAUUCUUCUUUGGUUGGUGGAGAGGGUUGGACCUCAGCUCUUGUAGAGGUGCCACCAAAGAACGGAAACAGUGGCUCAGGAUCUUUUCCCUUGCAACAAACUGCUGCAGCAGUUACUUCAGGGUCUGGCACUCCAACUGCAAUGGCUGGUCUUAAUAUGGCUGAAGCUUUGGCACAGGCUCCAUCACGAACUCGUGCUGCACCACAGUUGUCUGUCAAGACACAAAGGCUCGAGGAACUGGCUAUAAAACAGUCAAGGCAACUAAUACCGGUGACACCUUCCUUGCCUAAAACAUUAACUCUCAGUUCUGAUAAAUCAAAGCCCAAAACUGGUGCCAGAACUGGUGAGAUGAAUGUGACUCCUAAGAGUGGACAGCAGCAGCAAUCCUCAUUGCACAAUGUUAAUCAAUACCUACGUGGUGGAAGUAUGAAGCCUGAUACUCCAAAGACAUCUCAUGGGAAGUUUCUCGUUCUUAAACCAGUCCGGGAGAAUGGUGUCUCUCCUUCAUCAAAAGAUGUCACUAGCCCAACAUAUAGUUCCACUAGUAAAGCAUUUAAUACUCAAGUGGCUGCUGCUCCUCCAGUUGUAUCUGCUUCUUCUAGGAGUCCCAACAGUCGGAAAGUUUCCUCUCUGGAGCGCAAGGUUGCUGCUCUGGAUUUGAAAUCAGGACCUGCUUUGGAAAAGAAACCUUCUUUGUCUCAGUCCCAGAGCAGGAAUGAUUUUUUUAAUCUCAUAAAGAAGAAAACCUCAGUAAACCCUUCAACUGCCCUCCCAGAUUCAGGUCCUCAUAUUUCUUCUCCUACUAGUGAAAAAUCAGGUGAAGAAACUAGGGAGGCAUUCAGUGCUCCUGCAAGUCCACACACUGUUGAAAACGGUGCUGAAGUGAAUGGCAAUGGUGAUAGCUGUAAAGAAAUACAGAGGUUUUCUGAUGGUGGAGAGGAUGAAUGUCCCAGCGCUGCUUUAUAUCUGGAUGAGGAAGAGGUUAAAUUCCUCCGAUCACUUGGAUGGGAUGAAAAUGCUGCUGAGGAUGAAGGGCUUACAGAAGAGGAGAUCAGUGCGUUUUAUGAGGAGUGCAUGAAGAAGGGGCCAUCCUUCAAACUAUGUCGUGGAUUACAGCCAAAGUUUUCAAUGCUGCCUGAAUCUCAUGCCACUAACCCUGGUGGGGCUUCUUCUGAAUUAAGUUCGUCUGACUCGGGAUCUGAUGCAUGAUAUUACUUCUUUUUUUCCCCCCUUACAUAAUUAGAUCCAAGAAGUUCCAAUUUUUUGAAAGCAGAUGGUUAGUUUCUUUCUUUCUUUUUUUUUUCUUAUUUUUGUUUUGAAAAGAAAGCUGAUGAGUUGGGUAUGAAAGAAGAGAGGGUGGGUUUUGGUUGGAACUCUGUAUUCUGCAAAUAGUGCAAUAAGUUACAGGUGCCCCAAUCCUACCUUUUGCUAAAACGAGGUUUUUUUAGGUUCCAAAAAAUUGUUAGGGAGAGGGGUAGGGUAGGGGCUGUUUUGUCUGGCUGUGAAAGGUGCUUAGAAAUUGCGUCCUUUGGUGUUAUUUUGGUCCUUUUCCUUUUUUCUUUCAGGAGGGUUUGAUUCAAAAGAAAAAGGCUCAUGCUGUUUUUGGUCAAUUUUACGGAAAAAGAAAUCAAAAAAGUUUUAUUUUUAGUUGA